AUGGGCAUAAUGCAGCGGAGGUUAAACCGGCUUGAGAUGCUGCUGCAGCUGCAGCAGAACGCUCUGUUCCAACAGCAACCACAUUUGCUUUGGCACGGCCUGGAUUUGCUCCAGCAACAGCAGCAUCAGCAUAUCCAGCAGAGAGAACGGCACGACGGGUCUCAACAGGAGGAGCAGAACCCGUGGCAACGGGAGGUGCACCAGCAGGCAAGGGCACGUGAGGAGCAACAAGUGACGCUAGAGGAAAAGAGUGGACAGCAACACGAUCCAACCACGGGGCGGCGGAAACGAAAGCGGGGACAGCAGGAGGGUGCGGAGCUUCUGGGGGAGCCACAGAGCCAGCAUCUGAAACCUGCUGAAUCGGUCUCGGCGCCUAUGGUAGAAGAUGCGUGGCUCACCCACGGCCCUCCAAGGCUUCAGACACCUCAGCCCAGCACCUCUCAACAGGCGUUACAGUCUACGGCUGCUGCUGUACCAGCAGGUCCCUCGACGCCCGAGGGCAUCGAGAUCCAGGCGAUUCCGGGAUUUUCACAACCUCAUCAUCCCCCAUCUCAUCCAGCUGCUGUUGCAUCGGCUUCAAGUUAUGACGCUGAUGCACCUGGUACCUCAGAGGAUGGAGGGCCAGCAGCCGCACUUUAUAGGCGUAAUGCUGACAUGCCGCUUGCUGCAUCGAUGUCUGCGGGGGUGAGCAUGGGCGUGGGGGUGGAGCAUCUUGGUGGUGUACUGACGAAUAACAGCUCUGCAAGUGUAGAAGCAUCUUCAGCAAGAGCAGGCUCUAUUGUCGUUGCCUCUGUAUCGAUAGCGACAACCACAAAACGGAGAGGGAAGGCAGGCUCUCCACUUCCUUCAGUGAAAGAACACCCUUUUGUGCAUUUGCCGAGGCUAACAGUUGAAGGGCCUCCAGUUGAGUGUUCGGUUGACGUUAAGCGCGCCGUGUCCACUCCGCCCGGCAGGCGGUUCCCCGUGCCCUUGCUGCAGAAGUCCCUUCGGCUCUUUUUGCAGCCAAUGUUGAAUGCUGCACAGAUGAAGGAGUUGGCGACAUUGACAGAACAGCUGAUAGGGCACGCAAUGUUCCAUCAACGUUACGACGUCUCACAUGUGAAACCUCACCGCGCAGCUGAACGGCUGGGGGUACGUUUCCUCGUCCUGGAAACGGUGGUUUCCACCCUCAUUGUGCUGCAUCAGACACCAGACCCUGUCGCUUGGAAGCAACUCACCGAUGCCAUUAGCCACGCUCAGCCCCUGCCGACCCCACAAGGACACUACGCAGGGCGACGCCGAUUCUUCACUACUCUGGCCGCGGAGCUCAGCAGUGCGAUAAAAACACUCAAGACAGGAAGGAGACCAGAUCCUGCAGAUCUUCUGGAUAUCAAGCUGAAGCUCUUCUGUCACAAAUACUCUCCUCCGCGUUUGAAGGAAGCGGAUUUCGAUAUCUGGAGACAGUGUGACAGGGAUUUCACCGAGGAACCCUAG